CGGUGUAGCGGCGGCAUACUGAGCGGCUCUGGCCCGGCAGGUAGGUUCGGUGUGCGGGCAGCUGGAUACCCACGAGUGGAAGGACCUGCGAACUAUCGCAAGGGAUCCCCAGUUGCCGGAUGCUGGGACAGCAUCUUCCGCACAGGUUCAGUGCUCAGACUCAUCUGAUGACAGGUCCUGACUCCAAGUGACUGACGUGCACCUCUUGUUUCGUGGGCAGCAUUCCAGGGACUGCCAUGGACCUGGUUCUCGGUGUCGCCGAUCACUACUUCUUUACCCCAUACGUGUACCCAGCCUCGUGGCCCGAGGACAACAUCGUCCGGCAAACCAUUAGUCUGCUGAUUGUCACAAACCUGGGUGCUUAUAUCCUCUACUUCUUCUGUGCAACCCUGAGCUAUUAUUUUGUCUAUGAUCAUUCAUUAAUGAAGCAUCCACAGUUUUUAAAGAAUCAAGUCUAUCGAGAGAUCAUGUUCACGGUCAAGUCUUUGCCCUGGAUUAGUAUCCCCACAAUUUCACUGUUCCUCCUGGAGCUGAGAGGUUACAGCAAACUCUAUGAUGACGUAGGAGACUUCCCAAGUGGCUGGAUUCAUCUCGUUGCUAGUGUGGUAUCGUUCCUGUUUUUCACAGACAUGCUGAUCUACUGGAUCCACAGGGGCCUGCACCAUAGACUGGUCUACAAGCAUAUACAUAAACCUCAUCAUGUUUGGAAGAUCCCCACUCCAUUUGCAAGUCAUGCUUUUCACCCUGUGGAUGGCUUCCUCCAGAGUCUGCCUUACCAUAUAUACCCCUUUGUCUUCCCACUGCACAAGGUGGUCUACCUAGGGUUAUAUGUCUUGGUUAAUGUCUGGACAAUUUCUAUUCAUGACGGUGAUUUUCGUGUCCCCCAGGUCUUAAGGCCGUUUAUUAAUGGGUCAGCUCAUCACACAGACCACCACAUGUAUUUUGACUAUAACUACGGACAGUAUUUCACACUGUGGGAUAGAAUUGGGGGCUCUUUUAAGCAUCCUUCCUCCUUUGAAGGGAAAGGACCACAUAGUUAUGUGAGGAAGAUGGCAGAAGGAGAAUUCAACAGCCUUGCAGAAAACGGCUGUAAAAGCGAAAAACUGUGCAAUGCAGAAUUUGCAAAGACUAAGUAGAUUAUUGCCCAGUUAUUAAGUAUUUUAAAUAAGGAAAUAAUCUACACACAGCCAAGAUACAUAGCAAAUAAGUGGUGUUAUUUGACCUCAGCAUUGCGUGUCAUGCUGAGGAGCAGUCCUGACAAUAAACUGAGGGAAGAUGCUGGGAGCACCAAGAUUGUAAGCUCGUGGCUAAUGUGUCAGGCAUUGGCCCAGGGACAGUUUGUGUCUUUGCAGGCCAGCAGAUCCGCAGCCUGUGCAGCCCCAACAGCAACUUUAAAUAAGGUAGAAGAUAAUCUAUGGAAGAAGCUAGUCUGUGUCCUUUUGCCUUAAUCCACUCAUAUUCAUUAAGGGAAAAAUCCGCUGUGCUUAACAAUACUGAGACUAGCCGAGAAAUACUAACGUGAAGAUGGCUCCUGUCCCAGGAGCGGCUGCCUCUGCAGUGGCGGUGGGGGACUUGCAGGACGUUGUUCACAUAGGAACAUCAGCCCGAACUGUCUGAUACACGAGUGGCUAUGUAUAUGAUUGAUUUAAUGGCUGGUUAGUAAGAUUAUAUUAUCUUCUUAUACAUAGGCGCCUUACUCCCUGGGGCAUUAUCAGAUUUGAAUAAUGAAUAAAUAGUGGUAAUUGUUUAAAUGUCAGCUCUUCCAUGAUUCAAUCCAGAUAUGAGAUUAUGAUGCGUGUCAUUUAAAACUACUGUUUACUAAGCCUACAGACACGAAUCCGGAUAAUGCUCGGUAUCAACUUGGGGCACCCAGGUGGCACAUCUCUUUUUAAUAAGGUGGAUGCACUGUGCUUUUAUGUAUUUCCAAGUUACGAAGCUGACUUUUGAAAUGAAGGGAAUAAUUGCCAAAUACUUAAGUCUACCUAAGAUACGUUUUGAAACCUCAUCCUCCAUUUCUUCCCCCUCUUCCUACUGUCUCUGCAAAAAAAUCCUUAGACAGCCCCAUGAAAGGUGGGUGCUGGAAGAUAAUUAUAUUGGUGUAAACCUAUUCUAUUGGCUGUUUAUGCAAAAGCAAUAAAAGUUGAUCAUGACUGCUAUUAACCACUUAAAUGUUAUAGCACAAAACAUCCUUUGUUUAAAUUAGUGUCACUCUGAAGACAGAGGUGAUGUGGGUUGUAAAAGCUGAGCGCUCCCCAGAUACCCAGGGUCAGACUGCUGGACGUGAGAGGUACUACAAGGAUCUCUCACUCGGCAAACCCUUGCUCAUUCAGCUGUUUGACAUUAUCAAGUGCUCUAAGGGAGUAGAAAUGGAAACAAAGAGUCUCUGGGUAAGGAGCUAGACUUCCUUUUUCCUGGAGAUAUAACCAGGACCCCUAUUCUGAAUACAUAAGCAUCACUAAGAUAAGGAAUGAUUGGGAUGUUGUAUGAAUCCCACGCCCAACUCUUAGCGAAGGGAUCCUCAAGAUACACUGUUUGAUACUACAUCAAGAAAGGGCCAACCCUCUCCCCAGCAUGGAACAUCUCCGUCAUCCCUUCUCCCCAAGGCUCAGGAAACAUCAAGGAGGAAUCCGAGUCCAGGGAAAAUGCUGUGAGACUCUGGACAUGUGAGACCAUCGUGCUUACGAUCUCACUGUAACUGUCUGCACACCAUCCAACCAGCGAACAUUCCAGCGUGGAUGGGGUGGAGGGGCUCCCAAGGUCCCUACUUUAGCUGGGGAGCUGUUGACAGCUAAUGGCUACUAGGGAAGGGAGAGUCUGUUUGCAGUGGUACACUCUCUAAGUUGCUUUUGUGCCAGUGGGUGGCCCUGUACCUCUGAGGCUAGGGGCAGCUCUAAUUGGACUCUGACUUACAAAGAAGAAAAAGUGAAUAUGAAAUUGGGUGAGAGAUUGGGAGAAGUUGGGGUUAGGAAGAGUGGCGUGGAUACGGUCAAACUGCAUUGUGGAAGUGUAUGAAGUCAAGAUCAGCUAAAUACAAUUUCAGAGGCAAACCUGGGAAGUCAUCUUCAGCUUCACCUCGAGUGGGUCUCAGCGGGUGCCCUUUACAAUCUUGCCCCUCAUAAAAGAUGAGCCACUGCCCCCAAGUAGGGUCAAGCACAGAGAACAGUGGCUUCUUUCUGCCUUCAGUGAUGAUAGUUCUUCUGCUGGGUCCUCAUUGGGAGUAUGGUAGAGGAGGCUACCUUCCCCUUCCCACUGGAGUGUGAAGAACAUCGAGCUGAGUUAUAGGAAUAUAGAAGUAAAAUUGAAAACCAGACGUUGCUCACUGUGAAUUAUCUUUAAUGAGGUAAAAUAACUAGUAUUUUUGUUGUUACAGCAUCCUUUUUCAAAGCAUGUUACAAGCCAGUCUACAGUAAAAUUUAGAAACAAGAUAGAAGCCAGUCCCCACUCCCCUCCCUCCCCAAACAGAAUACACUUCUCAAGGACAAGAAGUGCAUGAUUCAGGGUUAGUGGGCUUGACCACCAGGGCAGGGUUUGGUAUCAGAACAAAAAGUUUAAUAGAUAAUUUGCUUUGUGAAGAUAAUUGUUCAGGGGACAGGAUGUAGCCUAAUGGUAGAGUGUGUGCUUAGCUUGUAUGAAGCUCUCAGCUUCAUUCCCAGCCUGGCAAAAAUGUUUUCUUCCUAAAUCUCUAAAGUUGAAGAUUUUUAUUAAUUCUAAGUGCAAUAGACUUUAAAAAAAAAAGUUAUAUUCUGGUUUCUUUAACUCCUAAGUUGAGCCUGUCAAAUUCUUCUGAACAUGCAACCAUUUGUCUUUUUUAUAAUGAGAUUUUCUUAAACCUGGUAAAAGUCUUAACAUUUUUUUAAAAAAGAUUUUUAUUUAUUAUGUAUAUAGAUUUCUUCCUUCAUGUAUCCUGCAGUACAGAAGAGGACACCAGAUCUUAUUACAGAUGGUUGUGAGCCACCAUGUGGUUGCUGGGAAUUGAACUCAGGACCUCUGGAAGAGCAGCCAGUGCUCUAUUCCUCUGAGCCAUCUCUCCAGCCACCAAGUCUUAACAUUUUGAUUCAGUCACUUGGUCAGACUUGGGUUUGGGUACCCAUCCCUCAGACAUCACCACUGAACAGUGGAAGGUAUCAGAAGUUAAUCUUUUGACUUGGAGCUCUCUGUGCCCUCUGAGCCAGCUUAUCUCAUAGGCUUCUGUUAAUCUCCAUUACUUAUGUCUAUUUCUUUUGAUAUUGUAAUUUGACUCAGCCGUUCAUUUGAUGAAAAGUCGACCCCCUAACAUGCUGCUAAAGAAACCGAUAGAAAUUUAGCACAGAUCCAGCCCCGAAGGGGGCACUGUGCUGGUGGCUCUUGUCUGUAUGCUGCUUGCUUUCCUAAAGUUACAUGCGCCUGUCCUAAUUGUACAGUUCAGCCUUAACAUUUAAAUACCAAUGUCACCCUCCCCUGCCCCCCCAUUAAGCAGAACGUGUCCUUAACCAGGGCACGCAUUGUCUCUCUCUGCAGUUCCCCCCAACCUUGGGUAACCACUGAUCUUCUCUGUCCCUGGGGAUUAAUUUUGCCCGUUCUAGAAUUUCACUUAAAUUCAAUCAGAUGAGACAUACUUAUGUGCUGAGCUUUUUUUUUUUUUAGCUUAACAUGUUUUGACAUGUGUACUGUUGUAUUUAUCAAUAGUUCAUUUCUUUUUAUUGAUGAGUAGUGUUCCUAUUACAGCAUUAUACUGAAUACUGUACUACCGUUGGCUGAUCUGUAUAUUUGUUGAUGGAUAUUUGGGUUAUUUCCAGUGUGGAGAUACUUUGAAUAAAGCUACCCUGGACAUCUGGGAACAGAUUGUUGUGUGG